AUGAAGUUUGCUCCGAUUUCCGACGACGGCUACCUAGGCGUUGCCGACCAUCAACAUCUCGCUACCGUCUUCCUCGCUUCUCUUCUGUUCAAAUCGAAGGAUGUGUACUUUCGGGACUUGUACCCAUGA